AUGCGCAGAGUUCAAGUCGAAGGAAGCACUUUACCCUCGACAGCCCACGACAGGUUUCGCCCUUCUUCGGGCUCAUCAGGUAGACGCAGUCUUCAAGUUUCCGUCAGUCUUAUGUUCUACUUGAACCCAAAUCGGACUGUUUUUGAAAAAUACACUCAUUUGCAAAUCAAUUUGGUUUUCACGAGAUACUCAAGAAGGGCGAAACCGGUCUUGGGCUGUCGAAGAGUUUUCAGCAACCUUGUGACUACGGUAACCUUUUGGUGCCUAACUUCCACGCCACCAGAAGGAAGAAUGAUGGUUGGGAUACCGCCAGGCUGUCCAAGUCUACACAGGAGUGGUCGAGAUGCAGAUUUUGGGUUUGAACAAAGAGCUUCGGAUCGUUCAGCUGUAGCACCCUUUCGGUGCCUAGCUGCCAUGCUAUUUGAAGGAAGCACGAGGGCUGUGAUACUACCAGGUUGCCCAAGCCUAGACAGGGAAAGUUGA